GUCUGAAUGGUCUGGUCCGGGUUUUUUAUUUUUAAAACGGUUUACGGUCCGAUCCCGGUUUUUAAAUUUGUAGACCAAACCGGACUAAUAAACCGUAAUAAACUCUAAUAUUAGGGGUUAGGGCUAUCCUGAUUCCUGCUGCCGUAAAUUACGAAAAGGCAAAAGCUGUUUCCUUCUCCCAUUCUCCUCUCUUCCUCGCCUCCUGCCCAGGUCUGAGUCUCUGAAGUCUGAUUCCUCGCAUCCUCUCUAUUUCCUCGCCUCCUUCAAGGCUUCAACUCUUCAAGCUUCAACCCAUCGACAGUCGACAGACGCCAGACGCCAAUCGACAAACGACCUCCUUCAAAGACGCCUCUGCUUCUGUGGUUCUUCGAGGCUUCGACGCUCCUCCUCCAAUCUUCAUUCUCCAAUCUCACCAGUCACCACGGAAUCAAGUGUAGAAUCUCGUAAUACAAAUUCUACGGCUUCACUCGACGGCUGCUGUGGUGCUUCACUGAGUGCUGUGGGUCACCGGGUUGUUCGAAUAAUCCCUAAAAAUCGAUAUUUUUGAUUUUGUUUCAGGCAUGGAAAACAACCCGCAGCAGGAGCAGCAAAAACAGAAGCCAGAUGAAGCAAAAACAAAAAUGGAGGUAAUAGUAAUGCCUUAUCAUGGGCAAGGUCACUUAAACGCCAUGCUCCAAUUCGCCAAACGUUUAGCUUGGAAAGCCAAUGGUUCAAUCCACAUAACUCUCGCUACUACUCUUUCUACAUCUCAAAAGAUGAUCAAAUCAACUUCCGGUACAAAAAUGGAACAAUUUUUAACAACACAGAUCAUCUAUGAUGAUACUAAUGAUACCCAACUCAAUUUCUUGACUCGGAUGAAAAAAUUCGAAACCGAAGCAACCCAUCAACUGACCCGUGUCCUUUUAACUAAUCCUACCCCAAGUUUGUUGGUGUAUGAUGCUAAUUUGCCAUGGGCGUUGGAUAUUGCUAAGCAAUAUGGGAUAUUGGCGGCUGCGUUUUUUACUCAAGCUUGUGCUUAUGUGACGUCGUUUUAUCCAUUGUUUGUGGAAGAGUAUAAGGAUGAUGUUGAUCAUCCUGUUAUUGCUGCUGCUAAUCGAAAUUGUUUGGAUCAUUUGUCUAUAAAGGUGCCCAAACCGGAGGAGCUUGAAACAGGAUUACCCAAUAUUCAGGUCAACAAUCCUGAUUCUGAUUCUAACAAGAAAUCCAUUCAUCCAAUUAUUCGGAUGGUCAUUUCUCAUAUGAAGAAUAUCCAUCUAGCUGAUUGGGUUCUUUUCAAUUCAUUUGAUUAUCUUGAGGAUGAGGUUGUUAAGUGGAUGUCAAAUAUAUGGCCAGUAAUGACUGUAGGACCCACAAUACCAUCUGUAUACCUUGAUAAGCGUGUCGAAUAUGAUGUUGACUAUGGGUUUAACAUGUAUAAGGUGAAUAAUGAAUCUUGUAUGAGCUGGUUAAAUGCACAACAUGUUGCCUCUGUUGUUUAUGUUUCAUUUGGUAGUGCUGCUAGUUUGAGCGUAGAGCAAAUUUUGGAAAUAGCUGAGGCCUUGAAGCAGAUACCAAACAAUUUCUUAUGGGUGGUUAGAGAAACUGAGCAGAAAAAACUCCCUAAAGAUUUCAUUAGUGAAACAUCAGAAAAAGGUUUGGUAUUGUCUUGGUGCCCUCAAUUAGAUGUCUUGGCACAUGAAGCAGUUGGAUGUUUCAUUACUCAUUGUGGUUGGAAUUCGACAAUUGAAGCACUGAGCUUUGGGGUUCCAAUGUUGGCAAUGCCACAGUUCAUGGACCAAAUGGUCGAUGCUCAUUUUGUUGAUCAAGUUUGGGGUGUUGGAAUUAAACCCAAGGAAAAUGAAAACAAAUUAGUUACCUGCGAUGAAAUCAAGCAUUGCCUCGAGGAAAUAAUGCAUGGACAGAGAGCAGGGAAAAUCAAAGAGAAUGUGAAAAAGUGGAAAUCCUUAGCUAUAGAGGCAGUGAACGUUGGAGGCAGUUCAGAUAAGAACAUUGAUGAGAUGAUUAAUAAACUUGCAGCCUCAUAAUUCUUGUAUGUUAGCACUCUCGAGUCUUAGGUGUCAUGUAAUCCAUUGUAUUUGUUUUAAUGAGCUUAAUUUUCUUUUGAUGAUAUUCAAGUAUUUUUCAUUGAAUAAUAUACUUUUGCAAGCAAUUAAAAAGUUGGCAAGAGCAUUUAAUUGUUGUAACUUGUAUAAGUACUAUAUUGUUGAAUGUUUUUUCCAUUUCACAAUCAGUUUGUAAGGGUGAUAUUGGCUUGUGUAUUU